CACUCACACUUUGUUCGUUUGGCAUCAUCGUCAAGUUACCCUGCCAUAACUUAGCAAUCUUUUCACCUUGCUCCUCCCCACUCCAUCUUCUUACCGUUCUACCCCACAAUUUUUCAUUUAUUCACUCAACACCCGCUACCUGCUACUACUCUCUUCCCCCAAACUCGUGAUACCCCGACCGUUGAUCGUGUGAGGUCCUCGACACCUCCGACAGUUUAACACCACCUCCUCCCCCACCACUACCUUCUCUCCGCACACCCACGCCCACCUUCACCAGUUUUGCCGCCAACAUGUCUGCUCCCGCCGGUAACGAUGCUGAGAAGAAUAUCGAGAUCUGGAAGGUCAAGAAGCUCAUCAAGCGCCUCACUGAGGCCAGAGGAAAUGGAACUUCUAUGAUUUCGCUCAUUAUCCCGCCGAAGGACCAGAUCUCUCGUGCCGCGAAGAUGUUGGCUGAAGAAUUCGGAACGGCUUCCAACAUCAAGUCGCGUGUCAACCGACUGUCGGUCCUCUCGGCGAUCACCUCCACCCAGCAGCGCCUCAAGCUCUACCCGAAGGUCCCGCCGAAUGGACUCGUCGUCUACUGUGGUGAAAUCAUCACCAGCGAGGGUAAGGAGCGCAAGAUCAACAUCGACUUCGAGCCUUUCAAACCGAUCAACACCUCGUUGUAUCUCUGCGACAACAAAUUCCACACUGAGGCGCUCUCGGAGUUGCUCGAGUCCGACAGCAAGUUCGGGUUCAUCAUCAUGGACGGAAAUGGUGCGCUCUUCGGUACCCUCAGUGGAAACACCCGUGAGAUCGUCCACAAGUUCACCGUCGAUCUCCCCAAGAAGCACGGUCGUGGUGGUCAGUCCGCGCUGCGUUUCGCCCGUCUGCGUGAGGAGAAGCGCCACAACUACGUCCGCAAGGUCGCCGAGUGCGCGGUUCAGAACUUUAUCACCAACGAUAAGGUCAACGUGCAGGGACUCAUCUUGGCCGGUUCCGCCGACUUCAAGAGUGAGCUCGCGCAGUCCGAAAUGUUUGACGGUCGUCUCCAGGUCAAGAUCAUCAAGGUGGUGGAUGUUUCCUAUGGUGGAGAGAACGGAUUCAACCAGGCUAUCGAGCUCGCGGCCGAGACUCUGAGCAACGUCAAGUUCAUCCAGGAGAAGAAGCUCAUCCAGAAGUACUUUGACGAGAUCUCGCAGGACAGCGGACGUGUCUGCUACGGUAUCGACGAUACCUUGAAGGCGCUGGAGCUGGGUGCCGCCGAGACUCUGAUCGUCUUCGAGAACUUGGACAUCACCCGCUGGACGCUCAAGCCGUCCACCGGUGGUGAGAUAAUCCUGCACACCUCCAAGCUGCAGGAGCAGAACCGCGAGCAGUUCAUGGACAAGGAGACCGGCCAGGAGAUGGAAGUAAUCGAGCAGAUGCCGUUCCUCGAGUGGCUCGCCGAGAAGUACAAGGACUUUGGUGCCACGCUCGAGUUCGUCUCGGACCGCUCCUCGGAGGGAAAUCAGUUCGUCAAGGGAUUCGGUGGUAUCGGCGCUAUGCUCCGGUAUAAGGUCAACUUUGAACAGCUCCAGGACCUCGAGGACGAGGAUGAGUACUACGACGAUUGAUGGUUUUGUGACCUCGCUCAUGGCGAGGACGUUCUUCCGGACAGCAUCUGCCCGAGGGCGUCCCGCACAGUGCCCAAUGAGGCAGCUGGUUUCGGGGAGAUGGCGGCGGUGGUAGGGGGCGAGACGACGACGACGAUGAAGAUGGUUUGUGUUUGAUGGUGAUGAUAUACGCGGGGUUCGAGGAUGAAAAUACUCUGGUUUGGGAUCAACAAAAACGAACGAACGAUAUGGCUGGUCUGGUGCGGGUCUGCUUUUUCAAUCUUUUCUAUUCCUUUUUUUU